AUGCCCCCACCUCAACCACCCCAAGACCAACCCCCCACCCUCGAGCACGACCCCUCCCUCGAAGCCUUCAACAUCCCCGUGCAGGACUGGCUAGCAGCCAACCCCGAGCACCAACUAAUCGUGUCCGCCAUCGUCUCCCUCCCCUCUUCUUUCCCCUCCUUCAACCCCAACCAACCACGCCCCCAACCCCCCCAAGAAGACGACGAAAAAGAAGAACGCACGCUCCUCCUCCAGCGCGCCCCCACCGACCAAGACCCCCUAACCUGGGAGCACCCCGGCGGCGGCUGCAACCCGCACGAGACCCUCCUCCAGGCGGUAGCGCGCGAGCUGGCCGAGGAAACGGGCUUGGUGGCGCGCCGUGUGGCUGGGUUGGUUACGACGCUGGAUAUUCCCGAGCCUGGGUUUGAUGAGGUGAAGAGAGGGAGGGGGGUGAGGGGGUGGUGGAGGUUGUUUUGUUUUUUGGUUGAAAUUCAGGUUGAGGUUGAGGGGGAGGUUGAGGGGGGGGUUGAGAAUGGAGGGGAGGGUGAGGGUGAUGGGGGUGGUGAUGGGGUGGGGGGGUUGUUGCCGCUGCCGGUGGUGAGGUUGGAUCCGGAGGAGCAUUGUGCGUAUGUGUGGGCGACGGAGGGGGAGGUGAGGAGGGGGGAGUGUGGUGGGGUAGAGAUGCGGUGGGAUGGGGAGGGGAAUAUGAGGAAGGGGGUGAUUUUGAGGGGGUUUGAGGUGCUGAGGGAGAGGAGGGCGCUGGCCCGGGGGAGAGGGGUUAUGGGCGGGGUGUGA